CAUAAUGAGAUCGGUGGGUUUAGAAUAAGCUAUGGUUACGGCGGAAUUAAAAAUGCGGCUUUUGGUGGCCACCGAUGCCCCCUGUUCCCGUCCUCGCAUAUCAAAUAUAUAUAAGGAAUUCGAUGGUUGCAGCCCUUGUUCAGUCUGUUUGCGGAACAAGUCGGAUCAAUACGUGGCCACCGAAAGGAUAUAUAAUCACAAAAACAAGGACCUGCUCUUCCAACUGCUAUCCUGGUUGUACCUAGCGAAUAAAGGAUACGCGACUAGAAAACUAAAGUGAAAAAGGUGGCCCUUGAAAAGUGAAUUGUUGCCUCCCCAAAAAUCAAAUAUCUUUCCGAAUAACUAACAAGAAAUAUAUCUUUAUAGUUGGAUCCCAUUCAGACUGAGCCAGGACAAAGCCUAGAGGAUGCCGAACAAGAAGAAAGUCCAGGCGGAAACGGCGGGGGGCGAGGACGGAGACAUUGUGAUCUCUGGGCUUUCCGGAAAACUGCCAGAGAGCAGCAACAUCGAGGAGUUCAAGCACAACCUGCUCAAUGGCAUCGACAUGGUCACAGAUGAACCCCGUCGAUGGGAAGCAGGCAUCUAUGGACUUCCCGAGCGCAUGGCCAAAAUGAAGGACUCCGAUCUGGAGAAGUUCGAUGACAAGUUCUUCAGCGUUCAUCAAAAGCAGGCAGAGCUGAUGGAUCCCUGCAUGCGGAUGCUGCUGGAGCUCACCCACGAGGCGAUCAUAGACGCAGGCAUUAAUCCCGCUCAGCUGCGGGGCAGUCGGACCGGCGUCUACAUAGGACUGUCCUUCGUAGAGACGGAGCACGAGAUACCUAACAUGGAGCCGAGCAGUAUCAACGGCUACUGCCUAACGGGAUGUGCGCGGGCAAUGUUUGCCAACAGGAUUUCCUAUACUUUUGACUUCAAGGGUCCCAGCUUCAUCGUAGAUACCGCCUGCUCUAGUUCGUUGGUGGCCCUAAACCACGCCUUCGCCGACAUGCGGGCUGGUCGCUGUGAUUAUGCUCUGGUGGCAGGGGUGAAUCUUAUCCUGAAACCCAUCUUUGCGCUUCAGUUUCUGAGACUGGGAAUCGUGAGCCACGACGGCUCCUGCAAAACCUUCGAUGCAGGGGCUAAUGGCUAUGCUCGGGCGGAUACCUGUGCGGUGGUCCUGCUCCAGAGACGGAAGGAGGCUAAACGGGUUUACGCUAGCAUCUUGAAUGUCCGAACAAAUACGGACGGAUUCAAGGAGCAGGGAGUUACCUUUCCAGAUGGUGCCAUGCAGCAGGCUUUGCUGGAAGAGACGUACAGCGAGAUUGACCUCAAUCCGGAUGAGGUUGUGUAUGUGGAAGCACAUGGCAGUGGCACGCCAGUGGGCGAUGACCAGGAGGCCAAUAUGCUGGGAAACUUCUUCUGCCGGCCCUCUCGAUCUAGUCCUCUCCUCAUUGGAUCUGUGAAAUCUAACAUGGGGCACGCGGAGCCAGCUUCUGGAGUGAGUGCCCUGGCCAAGAUGAUCAUUGCCAUGGAGGAGGGUAUUAUUCCAAAGAAUCUUCACUACCGCACGCCCAAUCCUUCGGUACCGGCUUUGGUUAAGGGACACCUUAAGGUAGUAGAUCGGAAUCUACCCUGGAAGGGUGGCAUCGUAGGUCUGAAUUCCUUUGGCUUUGGAGGGGCCAAUGCACACGUGGUGCUUAAGUCCCAUCCAAAAGAUAAAGUUCUAAGGACUUUUUCAAAAGCAGGGGAGUCCGAACCAUCGCUGAAGUUAGUAAUCUGUUCUGGACGCACAGAGGAUGCAGUGCAUCAAUUGCUAAAUGUAUCCACUGAACAAAGGCACGAUCAGGAACUGCUUACUCUUAUCAAUGACAUCCACUCCCAUCCGAUUCCCUUGCAUCCGUUCAGAGGGUACGCUGUCCUUGGAACAAGUGGCUCUGUUAAAGAAGAGGUGCUGCCCUACGAGGAGGAGGAACGACCCAUUUGGUUCGUAUACGCCGGUAUGGGCAGCCAGUGGGCUAGCAUGGCCAAGGAUCUUAUGCAGCUAGAGGUGUUCCGAAAGUCCAUACAGCACUGUGCCGAGGUUUUGGCCAAGGUGGACUUUGAUCUUAUAGACGUUUUGACCCGUUCCACGGAGCGCACUUUUGAUAAUAUGCUGUACUCCUUCGUAUCCGUCUCCGCUGUACAGGUGGCAUUGACUGAUCUUCUCCGAGUGCUGGACAUCCGGCCAAAUGGAAUCAUUGGCCACUCGGCUGGUGAGCUCGGAGCAGCCUACAUGGAUGGAUGUCUUACAGCGGAGCAAACAGUUCUAGCCGCCUACUGGCGAGGCAGGAGUGUUCUGGACACUCCGGAUUUGCCUCGUGGUAAGAUGGCAGCAGUGGGUCUCAGCUGGGAGCAGAUCGGAUCGCAUAUACCACACGACUGUUAUCCGGUGUGCCACAACAGCGAUGACAAUUGCACAGUUUCUGGGCCACCAGCUUCAAUGGAUGCAAUGAUAGAGAAGCUCACGAAGGAGGGAAUCUUUGUGAGGGAAGUGGGUUCCGGAGGUUAUGCCUUCCACAGUCCGUACAUUGAAGGUGCUGCUCCUAUGCUGCGUAGAAAUCUUGAGAAACUAAUUACGAAGCCCAAAAGGAAGAGUUCGCGAUGGCUGAGCACCAGCGUCAGUGAAAAUGAGUGGAACUCGGAGAAGAACCACCUCGCAUCUGCGGGCUACUUUAUCAAUAAUCUGAUAUCUCCUGUACUGUUCCACCAAGCGGUCAAGAAGAUCCCACAGAAUGCCCUCAUUGUGGAGAUUGCACCACAUGGACUCUUCAGGGCGAUUCUCCGUUCGUUAAGCCCGCAAAUCAGCUAUGUGAGUCUCAUGCAGCGGGGCCAUGCCAACAACUUUGAGUUCCUCCUAAGCCAGUUGGGAAGGCUUUUUGCUGCUGGUGGACAGCCACAAAUCCUCAAGAUCUCUCCUGUCGUUGCCUAUCCCGUUUCCAGAGGUACUCCCAUGCUGGGUUCCUUGGUUGGUUGGGACCACACUCAGAAAUGGAACUAUCCCAAGUUCAAGGGGGGACGGCAAGCUGGCCAGCUGAGUGUGGAACUGGAUUUGGGCAAGGAGGAAAAUGCAUAUCUUGCAGGACACACCAUCGAUGGGAGGGUCCUGUUUCCGGCAACGGGUUAUAUGACCCUGGCUUGGAUGAGUCUCGCCCAACAGCAGGGAUUGGACUACUUGCGCACUCCAGUGCUUUUUGAAGAUGUGGUUUUCCAUCGGGCCACGAUCCUUAGUGUGGGCACUGUGGUGAAAUUAACACUUAACUUUUUCCCGGGCAGCAGCUCCUUUGAAAUUUGCGAGGGAAGCAGUCUGGUGUCGUCGGGAAAAAUCCGUCUGGUGACCAAUGUACAGCAGGAGCAGCUCCAGCUGCCGUCUCUGCCGGGGAUUGCUGGCUCCAAUAAGUUAACCACGAAAGACAUUUACAAGGAACUGAGGCUUAGGGGCUAUGACUACAGCGGUGUUUUCCAGGGCAUUUUGGAGACGGAUAUUGCAGCAGUAACAGGUCGCCUGCAGUGGUCAGAAAACUGGAUCAGCUUUAUGGACACCAUGCUGCAGUUCCGUAUCCUGAGCAAUGACAUCCGUGAGCUUUACGUGCCCACGGGGAUCAAAAGGGCACUAAUUGAUCCGCUAAAGCAUCUAGAACUGGCAAAGAAGCACCAACAGAAGCUAACUGUCAACUGGCACCGCAAUAUAUCUGUGGUCAAGUGCGGUGGCGUGGAGAUCCACAAGAUGAAAACCGCUCAAACCCAAAGACGAUCCGGCGGUCAAUCUGCUCCCAGCCUGGAACGGUAUAGAUUUUGGCCUCAUUUCCAGCACUUGGGUCAGAGAGAGGAUCAGCAAAAGUCAAGAAGCACAGCCCUGGCAGUUGCCAUUCAACUGGUGAUCGAGAACAGUGGUGGAGCUGUAAAACUUAAAGGCGUGGAACUGGCUGGAACCCGAUCCAGUUUGGAUUCUCUAAGUGCCAUGCAGCUCCUUGAGCUAAUUGAACGAGAACCUAUUCUGGUGGGGGACAUAUCAGUGGUUACCACCUCCUCCAAUGAAGCAGAACUCACAGAGCAGCUCAAGGAGCACGGCAUAAAGGUGAUCGCCAAAGAUAUAUCAGCUGGUGCUGUGGAGCAACAGUGUCAUUUUGUCUAUUCCGUUGAUAUACUAGCUAAGAACUCUCUAAUCGAUCUCCAGCAUUGUUUGGAUAGCCUAAAAGCUGAGUCGGGAUUUUUGCUCCUGGAGGAAACGGCCAGCAGGUACAACAUAAUUGGAAAGGAAAAGUUGAGUAAACUUAAAUUGGUACCAGUUUUGGAGCAGUUCUUUGGAACAGAUCGGGUGCUUGUCUUGGCCAGGAAACCUUCCAGUGCACAAUCCACCCAAGCCAUAACUCUUCAGCUGACCAAUAAGCAGUUCAAAUGGGUUAACGAAGUUAAGAAUUAUUUUGCCAAAGCCCAAACAGAAAAUAAAAAUCUCUACUUGGUGGCCCAAGGCGAACUUAGCUCUGGAGCUUUGGGCUUUAUGAACUGCCUAAAGAGGGAAGCGGGAGGAAACUGCCUACGGCUAUAUCUAAUUCUCGACGAAGGAUUGCCCCAAUUUUCACUGGGGGAACCUUUCUAUGCUGACCAGUUAGCCAAGGAUCUAGCCAUAAAUGUUUACAGGAAUGGCAGCUGGGGCAGCUUCCGACACCUUAAGAUGAAAUCCCAACCACCACUGCUGCCCGUAGAGCAGGCCUAUGUCAAUACCCUUGUAAAGGGUGAUCUCUCCUCUCUUAGAUGGAUUGAAAGUCCUCGUUCGAGUCCCACCCAAUCGCACUUGGAGCCCUGCACCGUUUACUAUGCUCCGCUAAAUUUCCGAGACGUAAUGCUGGCUUCAGGGAAACUGGGGGUGGAUGCUCUGCCGGGGGAUCUGGCCUAUCAGGAUUGUGUCCUAGGGCUCGAGUUCGCUGGCAGGGACUCAAAAGGCCGUCGCAUCAUGGCCAUGGUAACUGCCAAAUCUUUGGCCACCAACUGCUUGGCUAACAAGAAUCUUCUCUGGGAAAUCCCUUCGAAAUGGACAAUGGAGCAGGCUUCAACGGUUCCGUGUGUCUAUGCCACGGUGUACUACGCCUUGGUAGUGAGGGGUCAGAUGAAGGAGGGUGAGAAGAUCCUUAUCCACGCUGGCUCUGGAGGAGUUGGUCAGGCGGCCAUUUCGGUGGCCUUGGCUCAUGGAUUGACAGUGUUCACCACAGUGGGCAGCAAAGAGAAACGCGAGUUUCUACUGAAACGAUUCCCCAAGCUGAAGGCUCGUAAUAUUGGUAAUUCCCGAGACAUUUCCUUUGAACAACUGAUCAUGAGUGAAACCCACGGUAAUGGAGUGGAGCUAGUGCUAAACUCGCUUUCCGAGGAGAAACUACAGGCUUCCAUUCGCUGCCUGGCCCUGAAUGGCCGCUUUCUAGAGAUUGGUAAAUUUGACUUAAGCAACAACACCCCGUUGGGAAUGUCUGUGUUCCUCAAGAACACAUCAUUCCAUGGAAUUCUACUGGAUAGUGUUAUGGAAGGGGAGGAGGACAUGCAGCUAAUGGUGGCCAAGUUGGUGACAGAGGGCAUUAAGAGUGGGGCAGUACAGCCCCUACCCACUACGGUGUUUGCAGAACAGGAAAUCGAAAAGGCUUUCCGUUUCAUGGCCUCUGGCAAGCAUAUUGGAAAAGUGGUGAUUAAAGUACGUCUUGAAGAGGAGCAGCAGGCUGCUCUUCCCAAACUCCGGCAGAUUCAAGCCAUUCCGCGUUCAUACAUGCAUCCGGAAAAGAGCUACAUCUUGGUGGGAGGACUUGGAGGAUUUGGUUUGGAGCUUGCUAACUGGCUCGUAUCCAGAGGAGCCCGCUUUCUGGUUUUGAGCUCACGUUCAGGGGUCAAGAGUGGCUACCAGGCUUUGAUGAUUCGACGCUGGCAUGAUCGAGGAGUUCAGGUUCAAAUCGAUACCAAUGAUGUGACCACUUCGGUGGGAUGCCAAAAAUUGCUCGAGGUAAGUAAUAAACUGGCCCUGGUUGGGGGCAUCUUCAACCUGGCGGCGGUGCUACGCGAUGGAUUGAUAGAGGAUCAGAGCUCAAAGAACUUUGAAAUGGUUACUGCACCCAAACUAUUAGCUACCAAACACCUUGACAGGAUCUCCCGGGAAAUAUGCCCCGCCCUGGAGUACUUUGUGUGUUUUUCUAGUCUGUCUUGUGGGAGGGGAAACCUAGGACAGACCAACUACGGAUUGGCUAACUCCACAAUGGAAAGAAUUUGCGAGCAGCGGCAAGAAUAUGGUUAUCCGGGUACAGCAAUACAAUGGGGAGCUAUUGGAGACACCGGACUGAUCAUUGAGCACAUGGGCAACAACGAAACAGUGGUGGGUGGUACUCUGCCGCAACGGAUGAACAGUUGUCUGGAGACUCUGGACCUGUUCCUACAGCAACCCCAUCCAGUCAUGGCAUCCAUGGUGUUGGCGGAGAAGCGGAAGACGGAGCAGGCUAAUCGGAUGAGUCUGAUAGCCACAAUUGCUAACAUCAUGGGCCUAAGGGAUGUGAAGAGUGUAUCUGACAAGACCACCCUCUUCGACCUGGGCAUGGACUCGUUAAUGAGCACGGAGAUUAAGCAGACGCUGGAGCGGCACUUCGACUUGGUUCUGAGCGCCCAGGAGAUCCGGCAGUUGACCUUCAGUGCCCUGCGACAGAUUGACGCCCAGGAGUCGUCUUCAAGCUCACCCUCCUCCGCCCCUUCAGCCCCACCAACUGACAGGAAGGAGGCCCGCGUGGAAGUGCAACCCCAGAGCGAUGAGACGCGCAAGGUAUUCGCCAAGGAAGUAUUACCCCAGGAGGUGAUGGUGCGCCUCCAGUCUAAGGCGCCUGUUACCAGCGAGGAGCCGGCAGUGUUCUUCCUGGCCCCUAUAGAGGGAUUCACAAUAGCCGUAGAGGCGCUGGCCGCCUCGCUCACCUGCCCUGCUUACGGACUGCAAUGCACGGAGCAGGUGCCUCUGGAGUCCAUUGAGGCCUGUGCCUCUUACUAUCUUCGUCAGAUCCAGAAGCUACAGCCUUUAGGGCCGUACCACAUAGUGGGCUACUCCUACGGCUGCCUGCUCGCCCACGCCAUUGGUGUGGCGCUGGAGCAACGUCGCUUAGGGGUCAAGGUCAUCAUGCUGGACGGCGCGCCCACCAUGGCUAGCGGUUACGUCCAGGAAGCCAAGAAGCAGACGGACGACCUCAACCGACAGCAGUCCAUGACUCUUGCUUACUUUGGAGCCCUGCUCGCCGAUGUAGACUACAACGAGUUGCUGCAACUGCUCGACGGUGUUCAGACGUGGUCGUCCAAGCUGGACAAACUAGCAGACACUCUGGCUGGUCAUACGCAGCAAACCAGAGAAGUGAUCAAGAAGGCCGCCUGCAUGUUUAAACAGAAGCUUCUACUUUCUGAAAGUUACAAGGGCGCCAAGCAACUUCACUGCGAUGUGGUGCUGAUCAAGUCGGCCGAGCACAAUGCGAUUAUGGCACAGGAUUAUGGACUAAAGGAGAUUUGCAGUGCCCAGAUCGAUAUGCAUGUGGUGGAGGGCACACAUCGGACUUUCCUGAAGGAGCCGCAUACUCUUCAGAUCAUAGAGCGCGUCCUGAAAAAACGUCCCUAGUGAAAGGCCAAUAGUUUGUAGACCGACUCUUACGAUUAUGAUGAUGAUAUAUUCCGUAGAUAUUAAUGUAUUCCUUAACAAUACAAAUACACGUAGCAAUUUCCACAUGAUUGCUUAAGUAAAAUAAA